AUGACUCAUUUGAAAGAGUGGGACUCAACAAUUAUCUGUCAGUCAACGCAUCUGCUUCCUCUGCCUCUAGAGAUUAAUCCGUGCGUCAUAGUGAGAGUCAGGGCAAGUAACGAUUGUCCAUUCUGGCCUGGCUUCCCGCAACUUGGGUUAAUCCAAUAUGAAAAGAUACAAAAAGAAAUUCCUCCAGAAAAUAGAAGUAACCAAAUAAAAUGUGUUAUGCUUUUGUUAAUCAGUGCUAUUUUUCUUGAGAAAUGUGUCUCCUAUUGUUUACACUACGCAAUAAAAAGGAAUGAUGCGAACAAUCGAACUUUUCUAUCAGAACUUCGGAACACCUUCUGUACCUCUGGGGACACCAAAUUAUUUAACAAAACCAACCCAGAACUCAAUUUAGUGGAAAUUCCAGAUUUCAGUCAGUAUGAAAUACUGGAAUGCUACAGCGUUGUUAACGCGACAGUCACAGCUUGCCUACUGACGAAGAUGGCCAUCUCUUCCCAUUUCCAUCUGGACUACAUGUCUAACAGAAGAGUCUUCGCCGAGUUACUGCAGCAGUCAUCAGAUUUUCUUGUUUUGGUGAGAAACUGCUUUCCUUGGGUCUUGCAAAUGUUUGGCGGUUACAUCAUUGCCAUUGGUGCCAUUCUUCUGAAUCAAAUUAUUGAUUUUAAACUCAUCGGUUUUAAGUCUUUAUUGUCCUGUGUCCUAGUUUUGUCAUUGAAACAAGCGCUGUUUCCGAAUUAUAUGUUUUGAUCUCCUGGUUUUUCUAAGUAAAUAAAAACAAAGCUAAAAGA